AUGGGAAGGAACCCAUUUUUCCUGUUUUUCUGCCAUCUCCUGUUUAUUCAUUCAGGAUCAUGUAAGGACAAUAAUAGAAGUCAACAUCAUAGGCCAAAAAGGGAUUUGAGGCUAUCUCCAAUACAUGUCACUUCCUUAAGAAGUGACCAAUUAGAGCAAAUCCGUGAAGCAAGGGAACAUGAACAAAAUAAUAAUAACAGUGAUAACAGUAAUGACUACCUUAAUGUAGAUAGCAAAAAUAAUCAGAAAAAACUUAAUUCCGAUGAACACAAUAAUAAUAACAGUGAUAACAGUAAUGACUACCCUAAUGAAAAUAGCAAAAAUAAUCAGAAAAAACUUAAUUACGAUGAAGAGAAUAAUUCCUCCUUCAUAUCCUUGAAAAAGUAUAAAAUUGCAAGAAAACCAUCACGUUAUUCAUAUUUGGACCAGGACAAAAAAAUAUAUACAGUUAAUACAGAAGAUAAGGAAAAAAAAUAUAUACAGAAAAAGAUUAAUACCCCUUCGAAUACAUUCAUACAAAAAGCUAAAGGACGAUCCCAUGGAAUAGUGACACAAGUGAAUAAUUUGGAUUAUGUUUGUGUCAUGAAUAAUGAUGAUAAUAUAAUUUCUUUAUUCCGUCCAUAUAAUCCUGAAAUAUACUCUUUUAGAGAAAUGAAACAUUACGCAGAACGUAAUGAACUAUUGAAUAAGAAAGUUCUAACUAUUCAUAAUGAUGAAAUUAAACGCAUUGAGGAUAUAUUAUCUCGGAGUAUGAAGGAAUGCUCCAAUCAGACUUCUGAAUUGAGCGUGUUAAUAAAUCAUCUGGAAAAUCCCGAAAGAUAUGAAAUUCCAGAAAGUGAAUACGGUGCUAAGAAGCAAAAUUAUAAAGACAAACUUAGUAUUUUACAUGAAUGCAUGAAAAGAAAUUAUAACAAACAUAAAGAGGAAAUUAAAAAAUCUCACUCACGAAUCUAUGGUACUAUAGAUCAUAUGGAUUGCAGCUGGACUAACUACUGUCCAACAGGUACAUAUUACAAUAUGAUUGCGUUACGACGAAUGGAUGUUACAAAUUAUAACAUUAGAGAUAUUACGUCAUUUCUAAAGAAAAUUAAGGAAAUAUAUAUAUUUGGCCAAGAUAUAAUGAAGGAAAUAAAAGGACACUUACAUACAAGUCUUGCCCUUGAAACGGCUCAAUUUAUAUUAGAAGAAAUUAACUAUAUUAUAAAUGAUAUGGAAAUUCAUUUAAGAAAAAUAAAUAAAGCCAUAAAAGAUAUAUAUGAACUUUCUAGACAAGAUCCUUGGAGUUCUUUCCACAGAACGGUACUUCAAAAUUCACUUUUCUCCUUGGCUCUUCGUUAUUCCACUUUUAAAGUUAGUGUUGACGUUUUGAAUAAAUUGGAAAAUGCGUCUAACAUCAAAAUAGAGAAACUUCAUCAAACAUUUAGAAAAUUCAAGGACGGAUUGAACAAUACAAUAAGUACUCAUAUAUCCUCUACAUAUGUUAUUUCCACUAUUAAUUAUAUUUUGUCUAGCCCUGAUGAAAUUUCAAAAUCCUUAGAAUCAUUACACACUUUUAGUUCCGAAGAAAUAAAAGAACAUAUUCUUUAUUCCAAUCCAGAAAUAAAAGAGGCAAAAAAAAAUUUAGAUGAAAAAUUUGCUAAAUUAAAUGAAUAUUUUAAAAAUACAAGAGAGUUAGCUAAAAGAAUAAAUGGAAAAUUCGUAUUAAAUUUAAAAACACGUGAACAAUUAGAAAACAAAAGAAAUAUAAAAAAUAAGGAAAACAUGACUCCUUUAGAAAAUUGUAAGAUGCUCCUAAGUGUUAUAAAGGAUAUAAAAUUAGAUGAGAAGAAAUUAAAAGAAAAUAACAAAGAAAUAGAACAAUUUUCAAAUAGGAUUAAAGGUAUAAAAAGCAAUUUUGAAGAAACAUCUAUAGGUGUUCAUGAAGAUGUGCGUAUAAUUAAAGAAUUAAUUGAAAUGGAAAAAGGACGUCAUUAUAUAAAAGAGGACAUAAAAAAACAUUUGAAAUAUUUUUCAAUGGUGUUGGAUAAUAUAAAGGAAAUCAUUUCCUAUAAGGACAAAAUAGAAAAAUAUAUACAAAGUAUGGACACGUUGAUAAAAGAAUACCCUGAUAUCGAGCAGAAAUUUACCAUCGAGAAAAUUGAUUUGCAAAACAAAACGGAAUCCAUCAUUAAUUCAUUUUAUAAGGAAAAUUUACAAACUUUUGUAGAUGAAUUAGCAGAAUCUAAUAGAAAAUUUCAAGCUUUAGAAAAAGAUCAACAUACUGCAAAAGGAAUUAGAGAAUUAUAUGAACAAACGAAAAAAAAGCAUGAAGAACUGGUAAAUAGGAAAUGUGAUCAUAUACCCCAAAUUUUAAAUGAUUUGAAUGAAGUGAUAAAUAGUCUUUUACAGCUAAAGGAUAAAAUUAUAAAGGAACAUACGCAAAAAAUUAAAAAUGAUAUGUUAAGCGUAUUCAACAAUUUAACGGAGGAAAAUAAACAAUUAAAAAAAAAUCUCGAGAACUACAAACAAAAUGCUGAAAAAAUGAACACUUAUUACAUAAAUACGAUAAAGGAAAGGAAGAACAAAUUUUUCACUACUUUAAUCGAAAAGGAAGAAAAUAUUCCUGAAGGAAAGGAUAUUUAUGAAGAAUAUAUACAACAUAAAAAUGAUGUUGUUAAUAAGGAAAGUACCUUAAUAACACAUGAUAUAGGUGUAUUUCGAGUAAAUAUAACAAAGGCUAAAGACCAAAUAGAAUCUUAUAAGAACGCAAUGCAAAAGUUAGAUACAGAGAAUAAUGGGACAUUUCAGGAAAUAGAAACAUGGUUAGAAAGUUUGAACACGAAAAUUGAACAAUUACAUUUGGAAGAUUUGGAACAGGAAUUAAGGCAUUACAAAGAAUCCGUUAAUAAUGCCAUAGACGAAAUAGAGAAUAUGAAAAAGGAAAUAGACACACUUAAGUUUUUAAAUAUUCUCAUAAAUAACUCAAACAAAAAUGCAAAAUCGAUUUUAAAAAUAAAAGAAAACAAGAAUAAUUUAAUAAAAAAAAUAGAUAUCCAUAAUGAGGAAUUAAGUAAUUACAGGAUCAUAGAGGAAAAGGAAAAAUCAUCCCUUGUGGACAUGUUGAAGGAAUUAAAGAGUAGUGUAGAAAAGGAAAUACCUGAAGCGUCCAUAGAAGAAUUAGAAGCACAGGAAAAAGAUUUGAAGAAUUCCUGUGAAAAUGAAAAGCGUCAUAUGAAUGGGAUCGCUGUGGAUAGCACUGAUAUGGAUAGCACCGAUACGCAUAGAACCAAUGUGAAUGACAGCCCUGUCGAUAGGCGGCUUGGAACCAAUAAGGAAAAACUCGAAAAAUAUAAAACUCUGUGCCAAAACACAGAACUAGUUAUAAACAAAUUCAACGCCAAUUAUCAAGCAUUAGAAAAAAAAAUAGAUGCAUUGGUAAAAAAUCAACAUAGCCAAAUUAUAACAUUGAUUGAUAAACUCAUAGAAAAGAAAAGGACCGAGAUAAAGGAAAAAAUAGAGUUGAAUCUAAAUUCUCUAAAUAACACGAAAACAAAAAUAAACGCUUUUCAUUUUGAUGAAGCUGUGAGAAAGGACAGAAAUGUUACGGUUCAAAGCAAAAUAAGUGCUUUUGAAACACAUGUGAAAGAUACAGUGCAAAAUAUAGACAAUGAAAUAAAAAAAAUGAACACAAUGAAAGAAAAAUGUGAUUCGUAUAUGGAAAUGUUCCACAAGGAAAAAGAGGAGCAAAGCACCGAAUUCAAAGACAGAAGUAAAAGGAUGGAAGAAAUUUAUAAAAAUAUGGAAGAAAUUUAUAAAAAUAUGGAAGAAAUUUAUAACAAAAUGCAGGAAGGAAGCAACAUAUUAAACCAAGGAACAGAAGAAAGCUCAGUCAACUUAUUAGACAAAGAAACAGAAGAAAGCUUACGCAACAUAUUAAACCAUGUAAAACAAAUCGAAAUGGAACACACCAGAAUUUUUAUUCAUCACUUUUUUCAUAUAAUCCAGGAAGAAAACGAGAAAGCUAAAUUGAUUAUGGCAGAUAUCGAAUCAUCUAAAAAGAAAAUUGAUGAAAUUCAAAAAGGAACAGAAGAUGUCUACCAACAAAAGAAUAUGAAUAAUUUUUCAUAUGAAGAAUAUUACACGAAGGCUACACAAAGUAUCCAUCAAAUAAAUGAAUUUUCUAACAAAGCCACAGAGGAUAAGGAACAGGCUGAUAGAUGUAAUGAUAUAAACGAAAUAGAACAUAUCAAGACAAGUAUUAAUAGUAAUCUUCAAAAAGUAAAAGCAGAAUAUAAUUCUAUAGGAGAAAUAAGAGAACAAAUGAAUAGUAUGAGAGAUUUACUCCUUUUAAAUAAUUCUAAGGCUAUCGCUACCGAAAUAGAAAAUAGUACAGAACAUGCAUUAAAAUUUAGGGAAGAGGCUGUAAAGGAACAUAAAAAAGCAAAGGAAUUAUUAGAUCAAGUAACCGCUAAGAUAGAUAAGGCAAAGGAAUAUAAAGACAAAAUGAAUAUAACUUUAGAUGAUGAACAAAUAAAUGACCAUGUAAAAAAUAUUGAAACAAUAAAACGUGAAAUUGUGAAUAAAAACAAAAAUGAAUUGGAGUCUUAUGUAGACAAAAUUAAAGAAUAUAAGGAUAAAUGUAAGACUCAAGUCAUUAAUUCUAAUAGGGGAAAAGAGAAAAUUGCCCUUUUGAAAACGGAUAAGGACAACAAGGACAAUAAUUCUAAUAAUGUGGACAUGAAUAAGGUGGACGAAAAUAUAAGAAAAUCGGAACAAUAUUUUAAAGAGGUAGAAAAUCUGGAGAAAGAAGCAAAGAACUAUGUACAGUUAUUCAUGAAACAUGAACAAAUGAUCAAUAAUACUUUCGAGGAAGCUGAGAUUUUAGGAAUAGAAACAAAGUCACAGAAAAAAUUCAACAAAGGUAAAGAAAUUAUAGAUGAAAUUAAAAAGAGAUAUUCUGAAAUGCAAGAAAAAGUAACGGAUUUGCAAGGAAAAUUGAACAAAUUAAAAAAAAAACCAAAUAUUGACAACAACAACCACGAUAAUGAUGAUGAUGAUGACGUCGUCAUCGUCGAAGAGGACAAAGUAUUAAAGGAGGAGCUCUAUAAUAAUGAAAUGGCCACCAAAGCAAAAGUACUUAUACAGACGAACCUAGAAAGUGUCAAAUAUAAUUUAUCCCAAAUUGUUCAUAUAAAAGAAAAAGGAGAUACAGUAUAUCAGAAAGCCAUAGACACCAUGAAUUCUUUAACAGAACCCUUACAAAAUAAAAAUACUAAAACAUUAGACAUGGUAAAAAUAGACGAAUCUAAAUAUAUGGAGUACGUAACUCAAAUAAAUGAAUGUAAAAAUGUAAUCAUCGCAGAAAUGAAUAAACUGAACGAAAUAAGUUCCAAUGUUAUUAGUAUAGAAAAGGAAUUGAAUGCAUCGAGAAGAAAUUACGAAAUUGGACUUUUGCAAAGGAUGGAUGAAGUAAGCCAAAGUAAAAAGGCAAAUAUGGAUUUAAAAAAAGAAUCCAUAAAUUCAACCAUGAAUUACUUUUCUUCCUUGUCCCAUGGUCUAGAGUUAAAGGAAUAUGACUUUAAUAAAAAUAUACAUGUGCACCAACAGAAAAUGAAAGAAAUAUAUGACAAAUUUGAAGAAUCCCUGAAAAAAAUUCAUGAAAAUUUAAAUAAAGCGUUAUUAGAGGAAAACGCACAUUAUACAUUUGCGAAUCAACUCCGAAAAGAAUCUCAACAAGAAAAAGCCAAAUUAAUACAUAGUGAAAAAGAAGCAAUAAAAUAUAUAGAAGAUAUGAAAAUAACGGAAUCCAUGAGAUUUAUACAUCACAUAAAGGAAAAUUUAAAAAAAAUAAGCACAUCGAUUAACGAAGAAAAAUUAAGAAUUUAUAAAGGACAUGAAUUCAUUAAACAGAUAGUUGAAGGUAUUAAAAAUACCGAUGAGGAACGUGAUAUAUCAGAAAAAAUACAACAGGCAGAAGAGAAAAAUGCACAAUUACAGACACAUAUGCAUUCUACAUAUAAAAACACGGCUAAAGAAAUGUUAGAAUAUAUAACUACCUCUGCAAGAUUUAUAAAUAUUAAAAUAAUUCCAGAAUUAACUUCCAUCGAGUUACAUGGAAACGAAACAGUAAAAUUAACAUUUCAAUCGGAUAAUAAAGAUAUUCUAGAAAUAGAGAAUAUUUCAAAAAAUGAAAACGAAUUACAUGUCCAGAAAAGUAUAGAAGAAGCUUUUCAUCUUGCUUUGGAUAUAAACAAAUGUGCAAACGACAUAGAAGCACAGCAAAGGCUAAACAAACAGUUCAUCAGCACAAUAAACGAAGUACAUCAUAAAACUAAGUCCAUAGAUGAAUUAAAAAAUAAUGUAAAAAUUGCAAAGAGUAAGGAAAGUACUAUAUCCAAUAAACUAAUGGACAUUUCUAACAAAAUUGCUGAAUUAGACCAACUGUCAUGUGAGGAAAAAAGUUAUGAUAAACGUUUUAUAGAAAACAUAGAAAAAAUAAAUGUAAAAAAGAUACGUGAUUCCUUUAAAGAAGAAAAGGGAAAAGCAAAUAUGGAUUUUCAAUUAAAUAAUAUAAUAAAAAAGGAUUUUGUGACUUUACAAACAUCUUUAAGAAGUGUUGAACAGGCAGUGGAAGCUUUAAAAGCAAAGGAAAUUCAUACUACAUAUCUACAUGCUACGAAAGGAGACAUGGAACGAGUACAUAAUAAAAUGAAUAACAUAGAACAAAAUAUUGCAACUCUAAAUGAAUCCUUGGACAAAUUAAUAAGUAAGGGAAAAGAAUGUGAAAUAGCUAAUUACACAUCCUUCAAAAGUAGUGUUCAAAGCAAAAUAAAUGCUGACGAAGAAAUAAUCCAUAAUAUGCAGAAAGAUGUUAAUCAAUAUUUAACUUUUAUUAAAAAUAAUUACAAUACCAUCAUGAAAGACAUCGUAACAUUAAAUGAACAUUUUAGCAAUAAAGUAAUUCCUGAUUACGAUUCGACUAAUUUUGAAAAAGCAAAUAAAAUUUCGGAAGAAUUAUUUGCAACAGUCGAACAAUCGAAAAGCAUCAUGAACAAUAUAAAAAAUGCCUUCAUAGUAGUUAAGGAAGGAACUGAAUUAUUUACUACGUUAAAUAACAGCGCACAAGAAAUAGAAAAGCUUUACAAUACAUUAGAUAAUAAAAAGAACGAAAUGAACGAAAUUUACAAAACAUCCAUUUUUAUAAAAUCACAAGAAAUGAAAUCAAGUGCUAGUAAAUAUACGGAUAUUGGUAAAAUAUUUAACAAAGUACUAGAGACACAAAAAUCAGAAAUUCAAAAUAACAAGAGUAGCGUAGAUUUGCUUAAAGACAUAAUAAAUAUAAAACUUAAAAAUUUAGAAGAUACGGAUAGCACAUUUACCUUAGUAUCCAUAAAUAAGUUUGAUGAAUUAAGUAAUAAUAUUAAAGCAAGUAUAGAGGAAUUGAAACAGCUAGAACAAACGAAUCGCCAAAAACAUAAUCAUGUGGAAGAGGACAAGGAACAUAUUGCACAUUUAAUAAAAAGAAAAGAGAGCUUGAAAAAUUCACUAAAAGAAUAUGAAGAAGAGGAAAAUUUUAAAAAAUUAAAAGGGAAUAUACCAAAUCAGGUAAUUAAAGACAUAGAGAAUAUGAAGGAAGAAAUCCGGAAAUCUGAUGAGCUGUACAUAGAAUUAAUGAAAAAAGUGAACGAAAAUAAUGAAUUGUGUAAAAAUAACUAUACAGAAAAUUACGUUUCCCAAGUACUGGAAAAAAUCGGAGAAUUGAAAAAACGCUUCAGUCAAAAUUUACCGGAAAAGGAAAAAUUUUUACAAAUUCAGGGCAAGUUUAAUGAAAUUAAAUUGCUCUUUGGGGAAAUAGAAACGUCAUAUAACGUGGAAGAAUUUGUAACGAAAAUGUAUAAACAAAUGAAUAAUGAAAAAGAAAGCUUAGGAGAUGAGGAGAAUAGGGAAAAAAUAACAUUGGCAAUUCAAAAUGUUACAAAUUACAAAGAUGAUGUGAAAACGUAUUUAUCGAAAUUUACUAAUGCUUUAGAAAGAAUAAAUAUCAUAAAAAAAGGAAUAGACGAUUUAUUCAGCUCCCUACGCAAUAAUAAUACAAAGGCAAAGGAAAAUGCAAAACAAUAUGUAAACGAUUCCGUAAAAAUCGUUAAUGAACUAAAUAGCCAUAUUUCUAAAAUAACCGAACUAAAGAAUUAUGCUGAAAACAUGAUAAACAAAUUAGAAGAAGUAUUAUCUAAGUUAAUACAUUCACCUGCUAAGGACGCAACGUAUGAGACACAGAUGUUAGCAGAUGAAACUGAACACACACAUCACGACCAUUCAUAUAGUGGUGAUCAUUCAAAAGGAAAAGGUGCACAUGGAAGAACUCGUUUUGCAGGAUCCAUUAUUAUUGGUUUGUCUGUCAUUUCCGGAGUUGUCCUAUUAAACCGUAACCAUAAUUCUGAUGAAGAAGAGGAACAUUGUGAACACGACGAUCAUGAAGCAUUUGAGGGUAACAAAGACUAUAUUGUGCACGAUAAGGAAGAAGUCAUUGAAGUUUGUUUCAGUGACAACGACUAG